ACCUCCACCCUCCCACUCAUUCCAUCCCCUCUAAAUAUUGUCAGUGAAAGAAAGUUUGUAUUGCAGAACAGGAAACAUUUCUGCCACGGGCUUCAUCCCCAUAGUGUUACUCUCCCCUCACUCCUUCUCCCUCUGUGCUCCGGAUUGCCGGUUUUCGACACAAAGUAACUGUGAUUCAGAUCGACCUGCGCUUCAGAGACAGAGGGGGAUUUUAAAAAAAAAACUAGGAGUCCUCUUCUCCCGCCCAGUCCAGGCAUCAUCUGAUGGAAUAGCCGGGACCAGUGCGUUCGCCCAGCUUUAUCAGCUCAGGGAUCUGGAAAAGAGAAGAAGAUUGUUCUCCGUCUCUUCAUCUCUGGACAGCCCCUCCCACACUCCUCCCCGUCUGGGAGCUGUGUGACUGUGUAUUCAGCACCCGAAUCCAGGACAGCUCCUUCCCGCCUGGGAACUGCGCGACCACUGAUCAAGCGCCUGGACAGCGGACAGCGGACAGCGGACAGCGGACAGCGGACACUGGACACUGGACACUGGACACUGGACACUGUCACUGGACACUGGACAGCUCACGUCAGCUUGUCUGCUGCCUGAGCUUUGAGCACCUGACACCCGGGGACAGCUUCCCUUCCACUUGGACGCGGGUUUGAGUUCUGGGUCGUGAAUUGGCCCCCAGCUUCGCCCUGUCUGCAAAUAAGAUCCAGCGAGCAAAUGGCAUCUCUCGGCUUCUUCCCUAACGAGUCGGGACAGCGAUCGAGCGCCGGAGACAAUUCGGCGGCAGCCCCAGCUUGGUGCCAGAUGGCUCAAAAGUUCACAGGCGGCAUUGGGACAAAGCUUUGCGCAUUACUGUAUGGAGAUGGUCAAGGACCCAAGGACACAACUGUUAAGGAGGAAGCAGCAUCUGUGGAAAGCAAGCUGGCCUGUACCUGCACCAAAACUCCAUGCACUUGUCAGAACGCUCAAUUCAACUUUUCCGCCUUGCAUUCAUCAGACCUUCUGCCAGCAUGCAAUGGGGAAGCAGUCACUUUCACUUUCUUGGAACAAGUUUUGGACAUUCUACUUGAGUACAUUUUGAAAACAUUUGACAGAUCUACAAAAGUAAUAGAUUUCCACUAUCCCGAAGAUCUCCUGGAGGGAUUUAACUGGAUGCUGGAUGAAAAGCCGAAUACUUUAGAAGACAUUUUGUUGACCUGCAGGACAACACUAAAAUAUGCUGUAAAGACAGGUCAUCCGAGAUAUUUCAACCAGCUCUCAACAGGAUUAGAUAUGGUCGGCCUCGCUGCUGAUUGGCUCACCUCCACAGCUAACACUAACAUGUUUACAUAUGAGAUUGCACCAGUGUUUGUCCUGUUGGAGUACAUCACCCUGAAGAAAAUGAGGGAAAUGAUUGGCUGGCCGGGAGGAUGUGGAGAUGGAAUAUUCUCACCUGGCGGAGCCAUAUCAAACAUGUAUGCAUUGCUAAUUGCACGCUACAAGCUGUUUCCUGAGGUUAAAGAAAAAGGAAUGGCUGCCCUUCCCAAACUGAUUGCCUUCACAUCAGAACACAGUCAUUUUUCAAUAAAGAAAGCAGCAGCAGCUCUGGGGAUUGGAACAGAUGGAGUGGUUCUGAUCAAGUGUGAUGUAAGAGGGAAAAUAAUCCCAGCCGAUCUCGAGAGAAGAAUACUCGAAGCCAAGCAAAAGGGCUUUGAGCCAUUCUUUGUGAACGCUACAGCUGGCACCACAGUGUACGGAGCCUUCGACCCCCUUGCGGCCAUAGCCGAUAUAUGUCAGAAGUACAAGAUCUGGAUGCAUGUGGAUGCAGCAUGGGGUGGUGGUUUGCUGAUGUCAAGAAAACAUCGCUGGAAACUGAGUGGAGCUGAGAGAGGGAAUUCUGUUACGUGGAAUCCACACAAGAUGAUGAGUGUCCCCUUACAGUGUUCGGCGCUACUAGUCAGAGAAGAGGGACUGUUGCAGAAUUGUAAUCAGAUGAAUGCUUGCUACCUCUUCCAAACUGACAAACAGUACGACCUGUCCUACGACACUGGAGAUAAGGCACUGCAGUGUGGGCGGCACGUGGAUAUAUUUAAACUGUGGCUGAUGUGGAGAGCUAAGGGUACCUUGGGUUUUGAGGCACAGAUUGACAAGUGUUUGGACCUCUCUGACUACUUGUACAACAAAAUUCGAAACAGAGAUGGAUUUGAACUGGUGCUUGACGGGAAACCACAGCACACCAAUGUCUGCUUUUGGUAUUUGCCUCAUAGUAUUCGACACCUACCAGACAAUGAAGAGAGAAGGAGUUUACUCACAAAAGUGGCUCCACAGAUUAAAACUAGAAUGAUGAAAUUUGGGACCACAAUGGUAAGUUACCAGCCCCAAGGGAACAAAGUUAACUUCUUCCGCAUGGUCAUCUCGAAUCCAGCGGCCACACAAGACGACAUUGACUUCCUCGUUGAGGAAAUAGAGCGACUUGGGCAAGACCUGUAACUGGAAGACAUCUGGCCUACUUCAAUGGAGAUGUUGCUAUUGUGUGAAUGUAUUUCAUUGUUUACCUCCCCCAAACUAGUCGUCUUUGAUAUUAGCCCUUACUGCAGGGACUUGAGCUGAAGACCUCCAAAGUGGAAUUAUGGAUGUUACAAGUUAUUUAAUGCCAUUAUACAUUCGCUGAUGUUGAUAAAAGGUACGAGUCAUCAACAAUAUGUCACACUUCAGCCAAAUUGAUCUAAAGCAUCAAGUACUGUAACAAUCUACUAACAGUAAAUAGAGCACCUUGAAAGCUAUUUAGAUAUUUUAUUAUGAUGUUUCAGCAGCACUUUUCCACCUACCCAUUAAACACCAAUGCCCCCCACCAUUUUGGUUGUCAUUUAUGAAGGUCUCCAUUUACAAAGCUUUUAGUAUAGUGAAGGUCCAGGUGUCUUCAAUUUUCACGAAUCAAUAAUUGAGGCUUGAUCUCUUUAGUUGGCAUGAAAUAAUUAUUUAAAAGAUCUGUCCUUCAGCUCUGUGAAACCUUUUACUAUAAUUUAAGCUCUGCGUUGAAGUGUCAAAUUUCAAAUAUUCUAUUUAUUUUGACAGAAGAAAAAUGCUUUAAUACAUUUACUGCCAUACUUGAAAUUAGUGAGUUCAGUGUUUGAAAAUUUCCCACCAGGAGUUUAUGUAAUGUAUACCUGUGAUGUUGCUCUUCAUGAUGUAAAGAAAUGGCAAAUGACAACUCUUGCAAACUGGAUAGUGGUCAGUGUCUGUGAAAGUACUUCCUUUGUAGACCUUUUGAGUAAUGUCUAGUUUACCUCAGAUUGAGGCUGUGCACUUUAGAAUCAAACGUAUGGUGUUGAAUGAGAAUGUUUUAAUGUAGUAGUAUAUUGUUAUCAAACUCAGAACCUUUGGGUUUGGUAACAGGAAGCUUUGAUUAAAACUCUGACUUGGUCCUCCACACCCAAUGUGGCAAAAUUUGCAUUAAUUCUUAUAAGCCAAUUAUAUUGUAAAAUUUAGGUCAGUUAGAGUCAGAGUUAAACAUAAAACAUGCCAUGUAAAAUAUGAGCCACACCACAGUGGAGCAAAAGCAUAUGAAAUCACUGCCACGGUGUGGUCUUAAAGCACAAGUUUCAUUCAUGCAACCAGUACAAAAGCACCGUUUAAUAUUUCAAAGACUAGUCUCCAUUGUAAAAUGUAUCCAUUGAUUUUUUUUAUUUAUUCCUUUGGCGUUAGCUGAGAGUAGGUAAUCUAACAGGCCCUCUCCCAGUGUUAAAAUCAAUUUGGUGAUCAGUAAAACAGCUUCAAAAUAGCAAGGAACAAAUUUAACUCUAAUAUCAAGAAUUCUCAACAGCAGAAUCUACCCCUGGAUAAAGGAAGGAAUCAGAAAGUCAAGAGCUAAUUGGAUCUUAAUUAUGUGGGAAAGUUACUCUAGAUGGGCAAACUGAUGAGGACCAAAUAGUCUUUGCCUCAGGUCUGCUUUGUUAAUUUAUUUCAACGAACAAGACCAGAAAUGUAACCCGAUUUUGCUAUUUCCAGCACCAAGACUGAGUUCAAGACCUGGAUUUUAAUAAUCCGCUGAGUACGUGCUAAUCAAUAAAACUACCCAAGAAUCGGGUCCAUUUUCCCACUUAAUCUGCUAUUUCCAGGUUGGAUUCCAUGCAAGAACCUUCCUGCUGCAUUCUUUUAUCCAACAUUGUAGCUGCUCAUAUCUUCUGGUCAGAAUAUUUCAGUGGCAGAGUCAUGCUGUUAUUUAAACUGGAUAAACACUGCAGUCAUACUUUCAAUUAAAUAUGUGAGGUUUGCAAGAUUGGAAUUAAAAAUAAAUUCCUCUGUUCUGGUCUUGUAAAAUAGUCUCAAAGGGUUACUUUGAUUGGAUUGUGGUGUCUGCAGCUACGUUGGAUGUGUAAAGUGCCAAUCAUGUAAAAAUGAAUAUAAUGAUCCAAGCUCCUUGUCAUUUGUAUAGUGUACAUCAUUUGUAUCAUAGAGAUAUGCUAUUAUUAUAGUAAUUUCUUGAAAGCACAAAUUAAAUGAAAAUAGCCUCCUCCUCACCAGCAAAUACAUGUGUUUGCAGCACUGUUGCAUUGUUGAGAAAUUUAAGACCCAGUUAAGACAUAUGUAUUACAUGUUAACCGAUGUAGACUGUACAAUUUAGAUAAUCAUUGACUACACAAAACAAUUUUAGAGGGACUAAAUCUACUGCUUCCAGGUUUUUUUUUAACAAAGGUGGUCAUAUUUGUGCUAAAAGGGAGAUCCAGGAAAAGAACAUUAGCACAUUGUGUUGAACAUAAUAGUUAAAGUUGUGAAUCUUUGAAAAUUUCCAGCUAACAAGAAUAUGGAUGCUUGGUCACUGAGUUUAUUCAACUCAGAAAUUGAUAGGGUGGACAAGAAUGGAUAUUAAGGGAAACAAUGGCAAUAGGGUUAGUACAGAGUGACAUACUUAGAUGGAAGAUCACUUUUAUUGCUAGAAUAGAUUGGUCAGCAUGGACCUGUUAGGGCUAAGGGCCUGUUUCCAUACUGUGUGAGUCCAUGACUUAAUUACAUGACCAUAUGAAUGGGAGAGAGGGUAUAAGAGACCACUCGACUAUUUAAGAUAUUCAUGCAAUUAUUUUAAAAAAAGGCUUAAAAUUUAAAGGGAAGAGGUUUAUAAUAUAUAAAUCCCCAGCAAUAUUUACUCUGUAUUUACCCGCAAGCAUAGAUAGAGCGAAACUUGGAGGAAAUAUGAGUCAUUGAUGAUCACUAUUAGAGAGUGGGUAUGGACUGCUACUACUUUGAAUAAAGGCAAAAGUUGUGGUCUUAUUCAAAAAGGAAAACAAAUCAAAAGCAAGGCAUAUCUUAUUCAUCCCCCAUUACAUAAAAUAAUAGAACCAAUUAUGGGGGCGGACUUCAAUAUAAUCUGUAGAACAACCAGAUAAGUACACAAUGAGUGUGAAUUCUGAAGGGGAAGAUCCUGCCUGGUUAAACUCUACAACCUGUAAAGGCAAAUGAACUGUAUCUUAGUAUAGAAUAUUACGUUGAAUUUAGCCGCAGGAAUAGAAGACAAGGCCAUAUGUCAAAUAGGGGUUUGUUAUUUUGAAGACUGAGAUCAGAAAAUAAAUCUUCACCCAAAGAACCACCAGCAUGUCAUGGAUUCACAAUCAUAGACCUGUAUGGCACUGAAAUGGGCCUUUCAGCCCAUCAUGUCCAUGCUGAUUUUUUUUGUCAGUCUACAGUAAUCCCAUUUGCUCAAUGUAGGUCCGUAUCCUUGCCCAUUUAAAUACCUGUACAGACAUCUCCCAAAUGUAGAGAUCGUAUCUAAUUCCACUACCUCCUCUGGUAGUGCAUUCCAGAAAUGUUCAUAUAAAAAAAGUUACCCUCAAUCCGCUUUAAAACCUUUUCCUCUUCACUUAAAACCAUGCCAUCCUGUUUUUCACCCUACCAUGGGAAAGACUCGGACUAGCAACCCUAUCUAUGCCUCCAAUAAUUUUAUAUUACUUAAUACAUUUCUAAAUGAAAUGAAAUUCUUUGGAAUAAUUUAGGAAACUCCAUGGAUCUUUCUAAAUAGAUAAACUAGAGUGAGCUGGAUGGCCUUUCUUCUUUUCUACUAUUUGGUGACAUAAAAUAGUCGAAAUAAAAUAUUUUGUGUCCAAUAUAUUUCUGCAUUUUUGCCGACACACAGAUCCUUGCAGCAAAUGGCUUGAAUUGAGAUGCAUGUUGUAAAAUUGCACGAGAAAUAUGGUGGAGGAAGAUGCAACUUCAACAUGCUGCUGCCUAAAUUACUUCAAAGCUAACGCAAUCAUUCACUGGAAGGUACACGUGUGUCGAAUAAUCUGGUUUUACCACUGAUGCACUCAUAACUGAAAUUCUAGAUGGGUCACACUGACCUCAGAUGUUGCACUGUGAUGAAGCACUACCACUUGUUGAUCCCAUUUAAGCUUCCAGCUUGAGUUUAUUAAGACUUAAUGUGAAUUGGUAUUUGCUGGGUUGGAGAAGACCUUGACAAUAAACUGUCUUAGUCAUGUCCAUUUAAUUGGCUAGGAUGUGUGUUACUUGUAUUUAACAGGAUUUACAGAGUCUCUAAAAAAAGAAGUGAGGUACAAAUAUAUUAUUGUGCAGUGACUUUCUUGUAUAUGAUGCAUAUUUUGCAGUGUUCUCUUCACUAUGGAACUGUGUAUUGGAAUCUGAAUAGUAAACACUGUCCCGUGUCUCUGCUGUUAAGAUGCCUGUUGUAAUUCCAGCCAGCUACAGGUACAGUGUUACCUGUAAUAAAGAACUUGAGUGUCGGAUGUCUUGGUCUGUGGGUAUUUGUAUCUGAAGGCACAUGCAGAGAUUGGAAAAUGGAUAUUGCUCAUUAAAG